AUGUCCAAAAUUUCCUCCUCUUUUCUUCUACAUUUCUUCCAUAAUCGUUUUCUCAACACCAUUCCUACUUCUACAUUGCCUUUAGCCUCUGUUUCUACCAUCCAAUUCCUCACAAAUUCAUGUGGCCUUUCCUCAGGAUCUCCUACUUCCGCCGGUCGAAAGCUCCAGUUCGGUGAAAAAAACACCCAGCAGUACGGAGCCGUUAUCGAUUUCUUGAAAUCACAUGGAUUCGAGAAUUCACAGAUCGCCAAGUUGGUCUCGAGGCAACCUUCGAUCCUUCAAUCCAGAGUAUCCGCCAAUCUGAAGCCUAAAUUUGAGUUCCUCCAAGAAAUCGGGUUCGUCGGUCCUUUACUUCCUAAGCUAAUUGUAUCAAGCCCUUCGAUUCUUAACAAGAGCUUAGAUUCUAAGUUGAAACCAUCAUUUCGUCUCUUAAAGGAAAUGCUUGGAUCUGAUGAACGAGUAACUGCUGCUAUUUGUCGUGCUUCGUGGCUUCUAACUUAUGAUUUUAAGGGUGUUAUAAAAUCUAAUUUUGAUGUUUUGGUCAGUGAAGGAGUACCCUCCAGGAAUAUAGCGAAAAUGAUUGCAUGGAACCCUAGAACUAUUAUGCAAAGGGUUGAUAAGAUGAUUCAAGUUGUGAAAAACAUUAAAGAAUUGGGCAUUGGACCAAAGGCUGGUAUGUUUGUUAAUGCAGUUUUAGUAAGGCUUCAAAUGAGUGAUUCAACUUGGAAUAAGAAAAUAAAUGUUAUGAAGAGUUUAGGAUGGUCUGAGAAGGAGAUUUUUACAGCAUUUAAGAGAUAUCCACUUUGUUUAACUUGUUCAGAGGAGAAAAUGAGGGAUGUUGCAGAUUUCUGUUUCAACACUGCCAAGUUGGAUCCAGGAACCUUAAUUUCUAACCCUGUGUUCUUCAAGUUGUCGGUCAACAAGCGGCUCCGACCGAGGUACAAAGUUCUUGAGGUUUUGAAGGUGAAAAAUCUCCUCAGGAACAAAAAGAUUGCUCUUGCUUGGUGGUUUAUGCAAGGGGAGAGAGAAUUUGUGGAGAAUAAUGUUGUUAAGCAUUUGGAUGAAAUCCCAAAUCUGAUGGAUAUAUACCGGGGCAAUGACGCAUCCGAAACCCAAUCUGUUUCAUAG